AUGACUUCAGAUCCUUUGCUGGAUCUCCUUUCAGAUGGGGAGGCCAAUGUGCCCAACUACAGACAAAAAGAAGAUCUGGAGGCUCUGAGGAAAGAGGACAUUGAUCGGAUCCUGACCCUGGACAGCUACCUCAUUUACAACACCAUCUGGGCUGUGGGAAGGGCCUUAAAUUCAGCUUAUGUAUCCACAUUCAAGAGAUCAGGACGAAAUAGGGGCAUGAAGAUGGAACCUCAGAGACUGAAGGUUUUGCAGCUUCACUAUUUCCAUCAAAGCUCUCAGUUUCAUAAUAAUUCCAUAGAUGGAGUAUAUUUGGAUGAGAAAGGAGAUCUGACAGCUGACUUGGAUAUUGUGAACUGGGAUAUUUCCCCCAACAAGUCUGUUAAGAAAAUGAAAUUUGGGAGUCUAGUAAAACGGGUAUCCCAAUAUUUUGAAUUUACAGUAGACCAGAAGAGUAUCACACAGAUGGAAAUGCUGAAUAAGCCUCUGCCUCCUUCCAGGUGUGUGGAAAGCUGCCAUCCUGGAUUCAUGAAGGUGGCUCAGGAAGGGAAGCCCAUCUGUUGCUAUGACUGCCAUCCUUGUGCAGAAGGAACCAUCUCCAUCAUAGAAGAUGUGGAAAAGUGCAUCAGAUGUCCUGAAGAAUAUCAUCCAAACCAAUACCGAGACCAGUGUAUUCCUAAAAAGAUAAUUUUCCUGUCCUACAAAGAUUAUUUGGGGGUCAUUCUGGUUUCCAUUGCCUUGUUCUUGGUCUUAGCCACAGGUUUAGUCUUGGGAAUAUUCAUUAGAUUCCAAGAAACUCCAAUUGUGAAAGCCAACAAUCGUGACCUUUCCUACAUCUUGCUCAUUUCCUUGCUGAUUUCCUUUUUGACCUCCUUCCUCUUCAUUGGCCAACCAACUGGAGCAACCUGUCUUCUUCGACAAACAGCCUUCAGCAUUAUCUUCUCCAUUGCUGUAUCUUCUAUCUUGGCCAAAACGAUCAUGGUGGUGCUGGCUUUCUUGGCCACAAAGCCAGGGAAUAGGGUGAGGGAGUGGCUGGGGAAGAGCUUGAGCAACUCUAUCAUCCUUUCAUGUUCUAGUGUCCAGGUUGUCAUCUGUUCCAUCUGGUUGGGAGUCUGUUCUCCAUUCCCUGACACUGACAUGCAUUCCCAGUCUGAAGAGAUCAUCCUUCAAUGCAAUGAAGGCUCUGUUGCCAUGUUCUACCUUGCCCUUGGCUACAUGGGCUUCUUGGCUGUCAUCUGCUUCAUGGUGGCUUUCCUGGCUAGGAAUCUACCUGGAGCCUUCAACGAAGCUAAGCUGAUUACCUUCAGCCUGUUGGUCUUCUGCAGUGUCUGGAUAUCCUUUAUGCCUACUUACUUGAGUACCAAAGGAAAAUCCAUGGUGGCUGUUCAAGUCUUCUCCAUCUUGGCCUCCAGUGCUGGCCUGCUGGGAUGCAUCUUUUUCCCCAAAUGCUAUAUUAUCAUUCUGAGGCCUGAUCUGAAUACAAAGGAGUAUCUGACAAUAGAAAGGAAAAGAGUAAAGAUUGAGAAAGGGGAGAUCUAUUAUCAAAGGAACAAGGAGUGA